AUGCAGAUUGGCUCCACAAUUCCGGCAAAUAAUUCUAGUCUCCUUCAGGCCAGACAUGCCAACUUCAAGUGUAAUGGCUCACCAUUAAAGCCUUCAACAAUAGCUUGUAUGAAUGUGAAACCAGUUAUAUCCACCAAGCUUACUCGAAAGCACCUAUCAAACCUUGACAAACUACUACAAAAGCAAACUCAACCAAACCCUCCUGACCCAGAGCCAGUUCAAAAAGAAUCCAAUACUGGGUCACCUGAGAACAAAGGAAAGGGUCCCUUUGAAGGGCUUAACCUGGCCGGAAUAUGGCCGGAAAUGAAGGCUGCAGAGGAAAUGUCGCCGAGGAAUCUGAACCGGCUAAAACGGCUUCUUUCAAUGUCACCGGAACAUUCCCCGAGGAAUAUUCUUGGUAGCCGGUGGCAAGAAUAUCACGGCAGGAAUGAUUGGUCCGGCCUACUGGACCCACUUGAUGAGAAUCUCCGGCGAGAGCUGGUCCGGUAUGGUGAGUUCAUUCAGGCAGCAUACCAUAGUUUUCACUCUAAUCCGGCCAUGUCGGCAGAGGAAGUUCUGUUCCCCCGCCACGUGGCAUUGCCAGAUAGGUCAUAUAGGGUGACAAAGAAUCUUUAUGCCACGUCAUCAAUUGGUUUGCCAAAAUGGGUGGAUGAUGUAGCACCAGAUCUCGGGUGGAUGACCCAACGGUCGAGCUGGAUCGGAUACGUGGCAGUUUGUGAGAAUGAGAGAGAGAUACAAAGAAUGGGCCGAAGAGAUAUUGUCAUUGCACUGCGUGGUACUGCCACGUGUCUUGAAUGGGCCGAAAAUAUGAGAGACCUACUUGUACAAGUCCCUGGCCAAAAUGAUCAGGCCCAUGGACAACCCAAGGUGGAAUGUGGGUUCUUGAGCCUAUACAAGACACGUGGAGAUCACGUGCCAAGCCUAGCAGAGUCGGUGGUUGAAGAAGUGCACCGAUUAAUGGAACUAUACAAAGGUGAAACUCUAAGCAUAACAGUGACCGGACAUAGCCUAGGUGCGGCCUUGGCCUUAUUGGUAGCAGAUGAACUCAGUACAUGUGCCCCCACGGUACCACCGGUGGCGGUUUUCUCCUUCGGUGGGCCUCGUGUUGGCAACCGAGGCUUUGCCAACCGUCUUAACGCAAAUAAUGUCAAGGUGUUACGUAUAGUGAACUCUCAAGACGUGAUCACUAAGGUUCCGGGAAUGUUUGUGAGCGAAGGGCUUGACAAGAAACUCCGGGAAUCAGGUGCCACAGAUGUGCUUAAUGUGCUUGACAACAACAUGCCAUGGGCAUACUCGCACGUUGGAACCGAAUUGAGAGUCGAUACAAAGAUGUCACCUUAUCUAAAGCCAAAUGCAGAUGUAGCAUGUUGCCAUGACUUGGAGGCUUACCUACACUUGGUGGAUGGGUUUUUGGCAUCCAAUUGUCCAUUUAGGGCAAAUGCCAAGAGAAGUCUAGUGAGGUUACUAAAUGAACAAAAGUCUAACGUUAAGAAAUUGUAUACAAGUAAAGCAAAAGGCUUAAGCUUGAACCUUGAAAGAGAUAGUGAUCUCCUAACGUCUAUAUCUACUUGUUUGCCUAGUCCAUCGUAA